AUGCUGCUGGAGGCUCCUUCAGGGAUGCCGUCCCGCCAGACUAUUAUUAAAAGGCCGAAGGAGUCCCAGGCACCAGCUGUGUACUCCCUUCCUCCUGUUUUCCCUCUCUGUGCUGGCGCCCCUUCCCGCUGGAGGUGCAGGUUCGGCUGCCGGGGGCUCCACCGAGGGCACGGCGGGGGCGCUGAUCCGUCCUGCCGGCUGACAGCCUGGCAGUCUCCCUCUUCCUCCCUCAGCUGGCCGGGACGGAGGCUUAAGGAAAAAAAUAAAAACCGGAAAAAAAACUUCUGGGGUCACUGCGAGGAGAAAAAAAUGCCUCGUUAUGUCUGCGGUGUCUACGAAAACGUCCCGAGAAGGAAGAGGAGGAUUUCGCCCCGCGGGGACCGCAGGGUUCGGCGAAGGGCAAAGAACAAGGACUGGUGCAGACUGAAACUGUUUGUGGAAGCUGUUUCCACACUCUGCGUGUUUGAUGGCUCAGUUGUGCCAGCUUUUGUUUAUGCUUAUGAUCUGUUUACUUUGUUUCUAGGGCUCAUCACAAUAAAAGAAGCCCAUGAUAUAGAAGCCAGACUUAAUGAAGUGGAAAAGCUUCUGAAGACUAUUAUAAACAUGCCCUGGAAGUACUCAAGAUCUGAAGUUGUCCUCACGUUCUUUGAGAGAUCUCCUUUGGACCAAGUUCUAAAAAAUGACAAUGUCCAUAAAAUUCAGCCAAGCUUUCAAAGUCCAGUUAAAAUAUCAGAAAUCAUGCGAUCAAAUGGAUUCUGUUUAGCCAACACUGAAACAAUAGUCAUUGACCACAGUAUACCUAAUGGGAAAGAGAAGCACCUGGAUGUAGAUUCAGCAGAACAUUUGUUUGAAAGUGUUAGUGACUUUACCUCAGAGCUGGAAGACAGUGAUGAUCCAACAGCUUAUGUCACCAAUUUGACAUACUACCACCUGGUCCCAUUUGAGACUGACAUUCUGGACUGAGGCUGCUCAGGGGUGCAGCCAGCCAGCAUCCAGCCAACCUCUUCAUCCAUAGGUUCUGCUAUCUCUGGCAUUGCAUCUCUGUGAAUGAGGCUGGGCAGACAACACCAACAGCAGGGAAGCUGCAGCAAGAGCACCACAAAGCUGGUUUUGUAGGUGUGGUCCUCUGUGUGUGUUAUGGAGACAUCUUGUGAGGAGGUAUCUGCUUUGCUGCUGACAACAAACCCACUUUCUGUGAAAGCAAGGCAGCAGAGGCUUCCUGGGGAUCAAGGAAAUCUCUGCUAUGUCUAUGAGAAUUGCCACCCUCACACAGCUGUCAGAAACUUGUGCUGAAGCAGGCGCAAGUCACCCGUGCUCCUUGUGCUGCAGUUGAGUUCCCGUUUUAGGAUAUCACCAGAAACUUCCUCGGAUGGCGUGACCACACUUUUUAUGCUUUGUAAGCAAGAAGACAAGCAAACCAGCUGAACUUUGUCAGUUCCCUCUGCAGUUGCUUAAUGGAGGUCUCGUGGGUCACUUUUUGCUCAGCUACCGGAUGAUUGGUGCCUUACACGAGAUGUCAGAAAUACCAUUGAGUGCCUCCAGGACACAGAACACACGAGCUGACAGCUUUACUUCUUUUAAUCAUGGGCUUUUGUAUAAUCACUGGAAGGGCAACUGCUCUUUCCUGGAAUAGUAAAGCAGACAGCAACUGGCAAUGCAAUGACCUGUGCAUGAUGUUUGGGUAGCCAGAUGAUUUCAGAAGUCUGGAAAGCCGAUGGGAAAGCUGAGCUGCUCCACUAAGAAGGGUCAAGGCUGCAGCAGGCACUUUGAUAAUAUUUUUUCUUUUCAUGUGGACCAGCAUUUGUGAAUGGUGCUUACAGAUGUUUACAUCAGAGAGAUAAUUCCCUAUGCAUAUUUCUUCCCAGAGGAUGGGAAGGAAGACACUGAGUUUUAUGUUGUGUUUGGACUGAAAAAGAAUGAUAAGCUGCAGUGUGCCUAUAGUGGUAGGAAAAACAGUCUCUCCACUGCCACCCUGUCUCAAGGAGUUUGUCCAGCUUUCUGAGAUCUGCCUGGAGAGGUCACGUGCAGGCCUCUUUGUUGUGUAAUGCCAUGGAUUUCAGCAGAGAUAGGACAGUGGGAGCAGGGAUUGGACCCUGCAGCCUCUUGACUGUUGAGCAGUGCAAUGUUAAUGUCUCCUUGGGGUGUCUCCCUUGAGAGCACCCUGAAUUCCCAGCUCUCACUGUGAGUGCUCAACACUCACCAGCAUGACCUUUCAUUGAGCUUUUUGCCAUCUGUUUGCAAAUAUUAUUUUGAAGGGACUGAAAUGGAAAGAAAUGCAUUUUUGGACAUGUUUCUUGGACAAGAGGCUUGCUUGGUCCUGAAGAAGCUGAUACAACUCCCUUCCGCAGACUUUUCAUUUCUAUCUAUAGAGUAACAGUCAAGCAGAAUUUGUUAAUGUAAAUAAUAAAUUAUUGAGAAUCCUAAUUCUUUUACACAGUAUGUUUUUAAAAUAUAUUUUAAUGAAAUAAAAUAAAAUAUAACUCACCUUCAGUACA